AUGUGUCAACAUCGAAAACAAGAGGUCAAGCGGCGUCGCAAUGCAUGGAAUGUGGACAAAAACAAUGGUCGCUCCAAAAGCGUUGCGAGGUCACCAUGGUCGACAGAGAGUGGCGAAGAGAAUUGCUAUAUUCCCGGUACCGUCGUUAUCAUUAAGGAAAACCCAGAACUUGUGAGGGUUUUUCUAGGAGGUGACUCAAUGAAAGCACUCCGUGUGAUCACAUUCAACAAUACCGUGCCAUCACUUUUUGUGUCUGCUAAUGGGUGUGUCACUUUUGCCAUCCUAACAUUUCUCACCGAAGAGAACGACUAUCAGUCCAUUAACGAGAAAACGGAUUAG